UAUUGGUUUAUGGUGUACCUGAAGAUAAAAAUGAAAAUACAACAGAUACAAUUCUUGAUAUGUGUCAAUCUAUCAAUGUUAAUAUAAAACAGUCAGAUAUAAGUACAUCGCAUCGUCUUGGAAAACCCAAAAGUGAUAGAAAUCGCCCUAUUAUCUUUCGUUUAAUUCGCUAUGAUGAUCGUAAUCAUAUAUUUAAUUAUAAAAAGAAAUUAAAAGAUGUUCCUAAAUAUAAAUCUGUUCUGGUAGUUGAGGAUUUAACAAAGUAUAAUAUGGAUUUAUUUAAACAUGCACGUCAGAUAUUAGGCAACAAAAGUAUUUAUACGUUGAAUGGUCAUAUUUGGUGUAAAACAAAAGAUGGAAGAGUAUCUAUUCGAUGCUUGACUGAUAUUGGCAAAGUAAAAAAUCCUGAUUAA